GAAUAACUGUCGAGCUCUAAAUUCUAUUUUCCACCUAAAUGCAUCUCCUGGACCAUUGUGCAAUAGUUUGCGCGAAAUCCGCCAUCAGCAUGUUGGUCUUGUUAGCCAAGCUACUGAUGUUCUUCUAUAUCGAUAAUUCAGAACAAUUUUCGGAUGAUACCAAACAUUAUGGAUUUUACAGUUGGGCUGCGAUUAAAUUUGAUAUCAUAUAACGAGAUGAAUAAAAUAACAUUCAUCUACCACCUAAUUUUCCACAAAAUCAGUGUGGUUCCUUAGUACGUGUGUUCAUAUUGGGUUAUUCUUCACACAAUCAUAUUCCGAGAUAUUUCACAGCGUAGCCUUUUGAUGCGCCUGGAGGAUUGCAAUAAAAUAUCUUUUCCGAAUCUUUUAGUAGAUAAUUGUCAAAGUACUCUUGAUGAGAUCAAACAUUCUGUAGCUGCCGGUAAAUUCGAUCGUUUUGCGAACAAGUGCAUAGAACACCAGGACAUCCGGCCCUCAGCAUCAGCUAAUGUGUGUAACCGGUGGAACCACAUUAAAAUAAAUGACGCUAUGGAUAUACCACUCCAACAUAAUUCUCACCCGAAUAUGGUUAUGUUCGUUGACGAAGGAAGCACCGCAAAGGAAUCAAUUCGCUCAGAUGGCAUUCAUAGUAGUAGUAAAAACAUGUCAGUAGAUCGAUUAUCGAUAAGAGAGUAUUACGCAAUUAUAUCUCGGCUUCAGAGAUUUUUUAGAAGUAGUCUAAACAAGAAAUUAGAGCGCCCGAAAGAGUUCUACGUUUGCAUUCACUGUGGCCAUCCGAUAAACGAUGUUUUCGACAUAGCAUUCGUCGAACAGUGUCAUUUGAUAUGUCUGUUCAAAAUAAAAUUCAAAAGCCUGCAAGACGAAGAAACAAUUGCAAAGAUACAGCUAUUGAAAAUUAAUCUUUUCCAAUCGUUCAAAAACAAUAGAGUUAAGUUCAGACUGAUUAAGACGUGCCCUCAGUUUAGAUGCUUUCUGGAAUCGCUGAGGUUGGAAGUAGAUAACGCGAAUUAUACCACUGCUCUGAUUUCGAAAAUUAAGGAUGCUGUGGAGCUAAGCGUGGAGAAAGUCUCUGAGCAAUGCCCUUACUGUGGUUUGCAAAUGGGUAAUACAAAACUCAUGUCUUAUCAUCAACAAAAUCACGAGAGAACAAUCGAGUUCCUUGGCCAAGAAGGGCAGAAAACUUAUCUGCGUUUAUCUGUUCGAAUGAAACAUAAUGAGAUUCUACAAACCAGGCGUGAAUCUCACCGACCAAAUUCAUUCCGAUGUUAUAUGAAUAAGAAAAAAAUUGUACCUAAGAAAUGGUAACACUGGUACCUGAAUGUUUUUUUAUGCUUGUUCAAAUGGAAACGUCUGUUUUGCUUGAAAAAAGUCCUGAUUACUGAGAUAUUUAUUUCAUUAAUUUUUUCUCCUUUUUAUUGCAAUCUGUUCAUAUAGGGGAAGUGGGGGCAUAGUGGUCACCCUAAGGAAUAUGCCCAUUUCCAGCGUCCACAUACCGAUUCAAUUUCCGUUUCUCGAAGAAUAUCAUAGUUCAACUCAUUGUUGCUCAAGAUAGCAAACGGCUUUUACUAUAAAAAAUUAAAUAGUACAUUUUUCAUCAUUAGAAAAAAGGUGAAAAAUCGAACAUUUUUUUUGCUUGGAAACAAUGUAGUCACCUAGCGGCGGCAAAGUGGUCACUCGCACAUAUCAAGCUAAAGGGGAUAGAUUUAUGCGCUUUUUUUUUUGUCAAAAUUUUUAAAAAUUCUCUGGCAUACAAAAACGUAGUAAGAAACACAUAACGUUCCGCAUAAUGUGCGAUUCACAUAGAACGUUACGGAGAAGAACGUCUACGUUUCGUCAACGUCUCCACCAAUUCACACAUGCAGUAAAUACUUCCACCAGCCCGUCACGUCAAAUGUCAAACGAAUGGUUUAUUUAAUGUAUUCAUGGUGUCGCCAUCUACAACAAUUUUAAAUUGCAAUGCCCUCUUUCGAAUCAGCAUGCCUAGAAUCAAUCCUAAAUUUUGAAAAAUUCAAUGAAAAUCAUUGAAUUAAAAUGCUUAAACCCCUUAGUCCGACCCUUAUUCAACAAUAAUAAUAAAUAGAAUAAUUCUCUCAACUAGUCGCGAAUGAUUUUCACUCCGAAAUUUGGAGGUAAGAGAUAUAUUAGCAUAAAAAGUACAGUAAGUUACUUAUAAUGCGAUAUGCUGAGGCACCACUCAGUGUCGCACUGGAGUCGAUUCUGACCAGUAAUUGGACAUUAGCGACUGGUGGCGACUUUCGAUGUGGGGCCAUAAUUUGGGCCCCGAACUCAAUAUUUACAAAAAUGUCCAAUUAAAGGUAAACAUGUCUAAUUAAACAUGUUGCAUCACAGAUCUGUUCAAUCAGCUGUUGUAUGUGAAUCGCACUUAAUGAGGCUUCGUUUAGUUAGAGUGGCAUAUUUAUCCAGGGUCAAAGUCACAAAAGGAUCUUCUUCAAAAGCAGAAUGUGAUGCGGUAUAUCAGCUUUAGUAAACAGAAUAUUGUAAGUCGUUAUUCACCUAUUACCACUUUGUCCCCAAACAUGAAAGUAAUUUCUAUGCUAAUUAAUUGCUGAGAUCAAACAAAAUAUCUGUUUACCUCUUCUAGAAUAUGUGUACAGUCGACCAAACUGAUGAUUUGUCCAAAAUAUCAGAUUGAAUAAACUAAGGGCCUGAUCACGAACAAUACUGUCACAAACGCUUCCACGUCACUUACACUUCACUUAAUCUUUUUGUGUCUAUCAUCAUUGUCACGUGUAAAACUAAACUCCGUGAAGUGAAAGAGUUCAUUCCCGUUUAUAAGAGACAUGUCAGCUGCAUAGUUUCGGACGUUUGAACGUUAUGUCGGUUGCAUAAUUUCGGACGUUUGAACGUUAUGUAGGUAAAAUUAAUAAGAGUAUGAGAUAAUAUUCCAU